UCACCUAAACUUGGCGAGGUAACUAGGUGACGCAGAGCAUCGCCAAUCGAAUCCAAACCGGUCGGCAGCCUUCAAUUCGAAAGGCAGAAACACGGGCGACGCACACUCGACCAACAUGUCGGAGGCACAACCAGCCGAGACGAAGCCGGCCGAGGCCCCAGCGGCCGCUGCUGCCCCCGCGGUAGCCGAGGGUGCCGAGGGCGCCGAGGGCGCCGAGGGCCCCUCCAAGAAGGCGCUGAAGAAGGCGGCGGCGGCGGCCAAGAAGGCGGAGCAAAAGGCGGCCAAGGCGGCCGAGGUGGCGCUGCGGCAGGCACAAUCUGCGGCCGGGGCGGCGGGCGGCAGCGGCGGCGAGGACCUCGCCAAGGACAACUACGGCGGCUCGGCGCCGGCGGGCAGGCUCACGAGCCCCGAGAUCUCCCUCGCGACGCUGGGCGAAGCGGACGUGGGCAAGACGGUGCACCUGUUCGCGUUCCUGCAGAACUCGCGCAUGCAGGGGGCCAAGAUGUGCUUCGUGGAGCUGCGCGAGCGCGGCACGUGGGCGGUGCAGGGCAUCGUGGCGGCGUCGGCCGAGGGCGCGCCCGUCAGCCGGCCCAUGGUCAAGUGGGUCGGGUCGCUUUCCGUCGAGGCGUGGGUGUUGGUCGAGGCCGAGGUCAAGCGCGCGCCCGAGCCGGUCAAGAGCGUGCGCGUGAGCGGGUUCGAGCUGCACAUCUCGCGCUUCUUCUGCCUCAGCCCGGCGCCGCAGAUGCUCGGGCUGACGCAGACGGCGGCCAACAACCACUUCUCCAACGAGGAGGACGCGGCGCCCGAGGGCGGAGCGGCCGCCGUCACGGCCAGCCUCAACACGCACCUCGACUACUUUGUCCUCAGCAAACGGUCCGCCGUGCGCAGCGCCAUCGCUGAUGUGCGCGAGACGACCAAGCAUCUGUUCCGGUCGUACCUGCGCGACAAGGGCUUCCACGAGUUCGAGUCGCCCUGCAUCAUCGAGGCGGCCAGCGAGGGCGGCGCCAACGUCUUCUCGGCCGACUACUUUGGCAAAAAGGUCUACCUGGCGCAGUCGCCCCAGUUCUACAAGCAGUACGAGAUCGCGGGCGGCAGGCAGCGCGUGUUUUGCGUCGGCCCCGUCUUUAGGGCCGAGAACUCGAACACGCCCCGACACAUGACCGAGUUCACCGGACUCGAUAUGGAAAUGGUCAUCAAGUGGCACUACCACGAGGCGCGCGACAUGCUCGAGGAGGUGCUCCUGCACAUCUUCCGCGAGCUCAAGAAGCAGUGCCCCGAGCAGAUCGAGACGGUCCGGGCCGUGUUCCCGGCCGACGACUUUGCGCUGCCCGAGCCCGGUAAGGAGGUGCGCCUGACGUUCGCCGAGGGCCAGAAGCUUCUGCGCGAGGAGGGCCCCGAGGAGUUCCGCAACGUGCGCGACGACGAGGACAUGUCGACGCCGCAGGAGAAGGCGCUGGGCGAGAUCAUACGGCGCAAGUUCGGCACCGACUUUUACGUGCUCGACAAGUUCCCCGAGUCGGCCCGGCCCUUUUACACCAUGGAGGACCCGGCCGACGACUCGGUCACAAACGCCUACGACUUCUUCAUGCGCGGGCAGGAGAUCAUGUCGGGCGGGCAGCGCAUCCACGACCCGGAGCUGCUCGAGAAGCGCAUGCGGCGCAAGGGGCUCGAUCCAAAGUCCAAGGGCCUCCAGGGCUACGUCAACACCUUCAGGCAGGCCGGCGUGCCGCCCCACGGCGGCGGCGGCAUCGGCCUCGACCGCGUGGUGCAGUUCUUCCUCAACCUCAACAACGUCCAGUACUCGGCCUUUUACCCGCGCACGCCCGCGCGCGUCCGCGACGGGCCGCCUGAGGAGGGCACCGAGGAGACCGCCGAGGCGCCUGCUGCUUCGUCCUAGGGGGUUGUCUGUAGUGUAAGAAAAGGAGGGGACGGUGGGGGGAGCAAGGAUAAUAGCUCCGAAACCAGAAUAGAAAAAAAGCUGAAAACAAAAAGAACAAAUUCAAGGAACGACAAGCUCCGCAUUGCCGAGUACCGUUUCUGUCUACUUGGGUGCCGGCCAGAUAAUCUAGAAAGCUUGAGCUUGGGUCAUCAAUCAUCUGCCGUCCCCCCGUCAUCAUCUCCGUCAUCAUCUCCUGUCCGGUCUCCCGACAAGUU